AUGCAUGAGCGACUGGCGCAACUCGUCCUCCUCGUCACUGAAUCUAGCGAGGACGUAUUGCGUCGCGUCGGCCCACGCACUAAUAAGAUCGAUAUUCUGCACAAGGUACGCCAAAACACCCCCUUUAUCCCUCUCAAAGGUGUUAAUGAGAAUAUCACAGGCCAAAUGAAGAUGCUCCAUAAGCGCAUUAUUUCCCUGGCAAACCUUCAAAAGCUCCGAGGAGAGCAAUAUCAUUUCCUGCGUUAUUGCUGGACGCACAGAAACUGUAUAGGACUCUUCUGA